CGUUGUUGCGCAGAUUCAGUUUGAACCUGGAGCGGAGUGACCUUCCCGGGGUGGCUAGUUGCAGAGGCAAUACCACCAGCAGACCGGUAGCUACACACAUCACAGUCCACAGAACACCAGCCGCGGAAAUGAAUAGCAACUUAGCCGGAGACGAAAUCGGGAAGCUCUUUGUGGGUGGCUUAGACUGGAGUACCACACAGGAGACAUUACGAAACUAUUUCUCCCAGUAUGGGGAAGUAGUUGACUGCGUCAUUAUGAAAGACAAGACUACAAAUCAGUCGCGCGGUUUUGGGUUUGUGAAGUUUAAAGACCCUAACUGCGUGCGGACAGUGCUAGAGACAAAACCUCAUAACCUGGAUGGUAGAAAUAUUGACCCAAAGCCAUGUACCCCUAGGGGAAUGCAGCCCGAAAAAACAAGAUCAAAGGAUGGCUGGAAGGGAAGCAAAAGUGACAGCAAUAAAUCAAAGAAGAUCUUUGUUGGCGGAAUCCCUCACAACUGUGGUGAAUCCGAACUCAGGGACUAUUUCAGUAGAUUUGGAGUGGUUACAGAAGUGGUAAUGAUCUAUGAUGCGGAGAAACAGAGGCCCCGAGGUUUUGGAUUUAUUACUUUCGAGGCCGAACAAUCAGUGGACCAGGCUGUCAACAUGCAUUUUCACGACAUCAUGGGCAAAAAAGUGGAAGUGAAGAAGGCAGAACCUCGGGAUAGCAAGGCCCCUGGCCCCGGACAGCCUGGAGCCAACCAAUGGGGACAUAGGGGCAUCUUGAGUACAGCCAAUGGCUGGUCAGCGCCACCGGCUCAAGGCUGGCAACAGAGUUAUGGGCCUCAGGGAGUUUGGGUGUCCACAGGCCAACCAAUAGGUGGCUACGGUCCCCCCCUGCCAGCGAGCCGAGGGGCCCCUGCACAACCCCCGUCACCCUUCAAUGCUUUCCUUGUGACAGCCGCCCCCACAGCAGGCUUCGGGCCACCUCAGGGAUAUCCACAGCAGGGGUACGGCACACCCCCACAAUUUGGGUACAGUUUCAGUACCCCUCAAGGCGAUCAGUUUGCCCCACCAGGAGUGCCUCCCCCUCCCACCACGCCUGGAACCGGGCCCCUGGGGUUUGCCCCAGCCACCCCUCCGACUCAGGACUUGAGCAAAGCGCCUGCGGGACAGCCCGACUUCCCUUACAGCCAGUAUGGCCUGGGUAACUAUCCUCAGGACCCCUCUGCCUACGGACCAACGCGUCCUUCUCACAGUUAUGGUCAGGAUGAGCAGGGGUGUAGUGCAGGCUAUGGGCAGGACCUGAGUGGCUUUGGGCAGAGCUUUGCAGACCCUAGCCAGCAGACUCCUUCGUACGGGGCUCCUUCAGCACAACCCACGGCAGGACCCCAGCCCACAGCCACCAGCUUCGGCCGCGGACAGAACCACAACGUACAGGGCUUCCACCCGUACCGGCGCUGAGAAUCAGCCGCGCCGGAACACAACAUCCAAAAGUCAGGGAAUGUCUAUUCUGUUCACAAGCAAAACUGGAUUUCUGGUGUGAUGGUUAACUGAACAGACACACAAACAUAAACACACAUGCACACACUCACAAACACAGAGUCACGCAAUAUAAAAAGCAGACUUUUGAAGAACCUUAAUGAGAGAUCUUUUUGUGGACUUUUCCAUGUGUUUUAUGGAGAACUAUUUAUGAACUAUUUUGCAAUAGAUUUUGACUGUCUGGUCAAAUGUCAGCACAGAUAAAAUAUGCUACAUAUAAAAAUGACAACAGGGUCUCCAGUUUCUCUUCAGCUUUAAUUCUAGGGAAAAAGAAUUGUACUUCAGGUUUUUAUUUUUCAUUUUGUGUUUUUUUUUUUUUUUUUUUUUUUUUACUUUCUGAGCCUUUUCACGUUUAUUUUAAGAUUUAAGUUUAAAAGUAGAAAUAUAUAUUAUACAAUUAAACUGUGCAAUUUUUUAAAAAGAGAAUUUUGUACUAUAAAAUGUACGCUUUGCUUGUUUUUUUUAUUUAAAGAUGUAGAUUUCCCUCAGGUGGCUGUUUUAGUGCAUUUUGCACUUAUACAAACAGAAUGGAAAAUCCAUUUCAAAUAAAAAAGAAAAAUGAAAAAAUAUAUCCAAGUUAAUUUUGUAGUGUUCUCAAUUCUUUUUCCAACCUCAUCUCCUUAUAAAUGUGACAGUAUGCUGAGGGCAAGAGUACUUCAAACAUGACUGACAUUGCUAGAUUGAUUAUUUGUAUUAGGCCUAAAUGUUGUGGGGGUUGAUUAUUUAAAUGAAAGUGAGCCUGCAGUGCAUUAAUUCACUGAAUGAUACCCAGAUUCUAUUCAUACAGCACGGUGUGUUUUUGUGGUUGGUCAAAGGCUGCCACUUGGAGUGUGAUCAAAAGGUCUUGAGUUUAAAUAUCUUUGUUAUGGUUAUAUAACUAGUUGAGUUUUAAAAUUCUGGUUAUUUUCCGUUUCUAUUUUUUACCAAAUGGAGAGGUUUAAACUGAACAAGACAUUAAAGACAUUGCACCACUUUAUUCUCUAAAAAAAUCCAUAAAAAGAACACUGGCACCCCCUGUGUUUUAGGUUUGGAAGUUUGGUUAAUACUGCCUGCAAAUGUGAUCAGUUCCUAUGUGUUGAUGUUCAUAUUAAAAUUAUUUAUUUUUCCCCCCACUGAGCAUCUGAAAAUGUCAAGGCAUUGUUUAAUGCACUUAACAUUCAUGUUUUCUUUCUUUUAUGCAACAAAUGCUACUGCCUAGAGAAAAAAUGGUGGUCAGUCUAAAAUAAUUACAAUUACCAAAUGUAAAUGUUCACUGUCAUAUGAGGUGGACUUGAGCCCAGCCAUGAUUUGUGGUUUUGGGAAAAUUUAAUUUCUUGGUUCGGCUGAAACAUUUUACCAGCAUAAACAUUUUUAAGAACUGAAAUUAAAAUGUAAAUGUUGUUUCUAUAGGUAUGUGAGUUCGAAGGUGGUCAGAACUGAACUUAACAGUAAACUAGGGCUUUUUACAUAAAUGAAACUGCCAUUCCCACAGAACUCUACAGAAAUGCCUGUCAUACGAUCUUACUGGUGUGUUCAAUAAAAAUCAGGUUGCGUCUA